AUGGCCAACAUUACUCAUCAGCCGAAAGAGACUCCUCACACUGCCCACAUAGAAGCAGGGAUGCAGAAUAUUAACGACAUCUCCGAGCUCAAAGUUGGGAUGACUGGCCAAGCGGCCACCGAUGAGUAUGGCCAACCACUGGUGCAUUUCGACCCCGUCGAAGAACGACGCCUGCGUACCAAGAUAGACUUCUACAUCAUCCCCACAGUGGCACUCCUGUACAUGUUCUGCUUUAUUGACCGCGCCAAUAUUGGAAAUGCUCGGCUCGCCGGAUUUGAAACGGAUCUCGGCCUCAAGGGAUAUCAUUACAACCAGGUCCUCUCCGUGUUCUACAUUUCCUACAUCGUCUUCGAGAUUCCGGGCACCAUGGCAUGCAAGUGGAUCGGACCUGGAUGGUUCAUACCCGCGACAACACUCGGCUUCGGUAUCAUGACCGUGGCGUUCGCUUUCGUUCGUGAUAUUCACAGCGCCUGUGCAGUGAGAUUCCUUCUGGGCAUCUUCGAGGCUGGAAUGCUACCUGGCAUAGCAUACUACCUCUCACGCUGGUAUCGACGUUCCGAACUCGCGUUUCGCCUUGGACUAUACGUCGUCAUGGCGCCACUGGCUGGUGCCUUCGGAGGACUCCUAGCCUCAGCGAUUCUGACCCUUGACUCCUUCGGCAGUACGAAGCGAUGGGAGAUGAUUUUCGCAAUUGAGGGCGUCAUCACCAUCGGGCUUGCGCUCACUGCUUUUCUCACGCUCACCGAUCGACCAGAGACCGCGAAAUGGCUGAACGAUGACGAGAAACAGUUGGCCAUUGCGCGCCUUAAAUCGGAGCGAAUCGCCACGGUAGAGGUUCUCGAUAAGCUCGACAAAGCCAAGAUCCUUCGAGGGGUCCUUAAUCCUGUCACGCUAGUUACCUCAUGGAUUUUUUUGCUGGAAUGCAUCACCGUCCAGGGCCUGGCGUUCUUCGCCCCGACUAUCGUUCGCACGAUCUACCCAACCGAUACCGUGGUUCGACAGCAACUCUUAACUGUCCCACCGUAUAUCGUUGGAGCUGUUUUUGUCAUUGCCUCCGCGCUGCUAGCGUGGAGGACUGACCGUCGAAAUGUCAUCAUCACGUAUAGCGCCAUUCCCGUCAUGGUGGGAUAUCUGAUGUUCCUCGCUAGUAAGAACGCUAAGGUCCGAUAUGGAGCUAUCUUCAUUAUUGUCACCGGUGCGUUCAAUGGUGGUGCCUUGUGCAACGCACAAGUAUCCGCAAACGUGGUCAGUGAUACUGCACGCUCAUCUGCGAUCGGCACAAACGUAAUGUUUGGCAAUAUCGGAGGACUGAUUGCAACGUGGGCCUUUCUACCGUUUGAUGGCCCUAAUUACCCUAUUGGCAAUGGCUUGAAUCUCGCGGCGCAGGCCACAGUGUUGAUUUCUGGUAUCGGUCUGGGAAUCUGGAUGACGAAGAGCAAUAAGCAGAGAGGGCAGGGGGAUGUCCAUGAGGAACUUCGAGGCCUCAGCCAGACACAAGUCGCUGAUUUGGAUUGGAGGCAUCCUGGUUUUCAGUGGCGCCCGUGA